AUCCCCACCGGUGCGGACAGCUGUGUGACCAGUCUGUCCUGUGACUCCCAUCGCUCUCUCAUUGUGGCCGGCUUGGGGGACGGUUCUGUUCGUGUCUUUGAUCGCCGGAUGUCACAGAACGAUUGCCGCGUCAUGACGUAUCGGGAGCACGCCGCCUGGGUGGUCAAAACCCAUCUCCAAAAAGAGAUGGAUGGGAAGAUCCUGAGUGUCAGCGUCAACGGCGACGUGCGAUUCUUUGACCUCAGGAUGCCAGAGUCGAUAAACACGUUACAGAUUAUCAAAGGUCUGACCGCACUGGACUACCACCCCCAGGCAAACCUGUUCGCUUGUGGUUCUAUGAACCAGUUUAUCGCUAUAUACAAUGGCAGCGGAGACCUGAUCAGUAACAUUAAAUACUACGAUGGAUUCAUGGGCCAAAGAAUCGGAGCCAUCAGCUGCCUGGCCUUCCACCCCUACUGGCCCCACCUGGCUGUCGGCAGUAACGAUUACUACAUGUCUAUAUACUCGGUGGAGAAGCGGGUGAGAUAACCACGAGAGGAGGCACGGACUGGCCUUAUGGCUUCCUUCCUGAUCCUCCUCUGUUUUGGACCUUGAUGACGACAUGGAAUGCUGCUUCUUAUAACCUGAAGACCUCUCUGAAAGGAAGAACCAAGGGCAGGACUGUUCAGAGGUCACAGGCUCCUCCCAUCGACUCCUCCUCCUUCUUAUUUUGAUUUUGUUGAUUUUAUUUCUAAACAGCCAAUUAGAGGGGGGGCUGUAUACAUGUGUGACCACCUAACAUUUGGCGUACUUGGCGGGACAUGCUCUGGUCUCCAUGUUGAGGGCACUUGGGGUAAAUGAUUCCUUUAGUGGUGGCGGCUCCCUGAAGGAACGGUAAGGACCUGGUGGAGCUGACGCACACAACGUUCCGGUCAGCCUCUGUGGUCGCGGAGACGUUCAUCACACCAGCAGUUACAUGUCAGGGCUGUUCUGGCCAACGUGACCUUAGAGCUCCCUUUUAUCUUUGUAAUUAAUUGAUACAGGGAGGGGGAGGGGCCAAGUAUUGAUUGAGACGUCUUAUCACUGUGUAGAAAAAAAGGGGCCACAGUUCAUUUCUGGGGAGAUGGGACGGCGCCCGUUCACACCACAAGGCAUCAGUUAUAUUUACCACGGAGUCCAUUAUAUCUACAGAUCCUUCCGCACGGCGGCGGAAACGGCAGAGACCGCCAUCAGAGCCGCCAUCACACACCUUGUUGUUAUUUUUUCUUUUUUGUAAUUUGCAGCUUGGUAACCGGUUGAUCCAGUUCGGCCCAUAGACCCCCUGGUCACGUUGCACUUUGUCACCAAAUCCUCCUGAGUCCCCAGUCUGGGCCUUCGCUGUUUACACUGUUGUAACUAAAAGUUUCAGGUUUUUAUGAAAAAAAUAAAAUAAACUAAAAAUAAAAGGGACGGAUGUCCGGAGCCGAGAGGUCGAUGUCCCGAAAUAUAUGAUACACGUGACUAUUGUUCUUCAGACAAGGACAAUACCAAGAUGUCGCCUAUUUAUUUCACCACCACUAAUGGAGGAGGGGAGCCAGUGCCCUGCAGGGAUUAGAGGAGGAACAUUCAUUAAACGUUAAUAAAAAAAAA